AUGGCCAAACACCUACUAGCAAAUUUGUCAGGAGAACCCCUCAACAUCAUUUCCACUCUAACUGUAGACCAAAAGAAAGACUAUGCAGCAGUAAAGACUAGAUUAUUAGAACACUUUGGAAAAAAUUCAGAUUUCUAUCGUAAGCUGUUCAGGGACACUAAAUUGAAAAAAGAUGGGGACUUCAACAGGAUAAUAUUCGACAUGAGGACUAACAUGACAAAAUGGUUAGAGCUAGCAAAAUGUGACAUCAAAGACCCGACACAAAUCCUAGACAUGCUACUUAUUGACAAUGUCCUCAACAACGUGACAGACUUAGUAUUUACUUUCCUUAAGGAAAAGAAGAUCAAGACAGAGACUGAACUGAUAACGAAUCUAAAUCUAUUUAAAGACAGUCACCCUGGACACACGAUUGACAAAAGAGACCUACACCAACUAGUAGCUACAGCAACAACAUUCAACAACAACAACAAUGACAAAUUCAAAUGGUCCAACACCAAGACUUGUUUCAAUUGUGGGAGAAAAGGUCAUGUAAAAAACCAAUGCAAAGCUCCUAUAAACUACAAUAACAAUUACAGAUACAGAAGCUACACUAGUUUCUACAACCCAAACAGCUACAAACAAAACAACAAUAACUACAAUAAUAGACCACAUAGACUACACCAGAGUGCAAGUCCCAAUGAAAGAGGAAGUUUUGCAAACAGUUACCAACACAAUAGCUAUAACAGAAACAGGCAAUCUAAAAGGGACCAAUAUAACUACCACACAAGCAACCACCCAAACAACUACAAUAGAGGAAACAAUAGAAACAACAGUGGCAAUAACACCAACAACCAUAGAGAGGAAAAUGUAGCCUACAUGCAAGCAAAUAAGUCCAAAAUAAAAGUCUUUCCAUCCUAUGUUAAUUCUAAAGAAGUAGGAUCAAUUCGCGACAGUGGAGCCACGGCAAUAAUAGUUAAAGCCUCUUUAGUCGAACCAGGACAGUAUCUAGAAGAUACAGUAAAAGUGACCUAUGCAAAUAUACAAAAAUUCGAUAUUUGCAAGACCGCUAAAGUCCUAAUAGAAUCACCCUGGAUUACAGGAGAACUAGAAGCCAUAGUCAUGGACACCCCAGCACAAGAUCUAAUAAUAGGCAAUGUAGAUGGUGUAAAAGAUCCAACACUAGAAGAAGUUAUGCAAUGGGCGGAAGAUAGACAAAAAUAUUCCCUAUUUAAACAUGAGGCACUAUUAGCUCAAACCAGAUCACAUAAAAAAAUAACACCAGAAAUAGAAUGCCCCACUGUAUUACUCAAUGAAAUAGGUAUAACUAGGGAGGAACUAAUAGAUAUGCAGAAAAAUGACACCACAAUACAAGACCUCUUAAGCAAAGAUUAUAACAAGAUAAAUUUAAAUAACCACCAUAUAGAAAUAAACAACUUAGCCAUUAGAUAUAACAGGAAAGAAAACUGUACUAGACUUCAAAUCCUGAUCCCUAAAACUUUAAGAGCUAAAAUAUUAAAUAUGGCACAUGAUGACCCCACAGCAGGACACUUAGGAAAAAAGAAAGUAUAUGCUAAGAUAGCCAACAAAUUCUUCUGGCCAAAGAUGGGAAAGGACAUUAAGAACUAUGUAAACAGUUGCACAGAAUGUGCCAAACAAAAAACAGUAACUAGAGCCCCAUUAGAGAAAUCAGAUAAAUCUCACUAUUUUUGGGACAAAAUUGCCAUGGACAUAAUGGGACCCCUAACAACCAGCAGUAAAGGGAAUAAAUAUAUUCUGGGUAUCAUUGACAUGUCCACUAGAUGGGCAGAGGCAUUUCCUCUAAAAGAUAUAAAGGCUAUUGACAUAUGUAAUUGCUUAAAAACACUUUUUCUAAAAUUUGGAUUCCCUAAUAAGUUACUGUCAGACAAUGCAUCAAAUUUUAAGUCCCACCUUAACCAAGCAUUUGCAGAAAUGACUAACAUCCGCCUAGUCCAUAGCACUAUCUACUCACCACAGGGAAAUGGAGUCAUAGAAAAAUGGAACAGAACUGUAAAACAGAUGAUAUAUAAGCUAGAAAGAGACUCAAUGAGUACCUGGGACCAGACUCUUAGCUAUGCUAUAUUUGCCUACAACACUAGCAUCCAUGAAACCACCAAAUUCAGCCCCUAUGAGCUUGUAUUUAACAGAAAACCUAAAGGACCGUUAGAAUUAUGGGCUGACAACAUGUUAGACUUAGAAAACAUAGAACAGUACCAUCCUUGGAUAAUUCAGACCAAACAACAGCUUAGACAAGGAAUAAAACUAGCAGAGAUAAACAUGGACAAAAAUCUAGAAAGAGGCUUCUGGCAGAUUAAAAUGGACCCUGACUCUAAGGAAUAUACAGCAUUCAAAUGCACUAUGCCAGGCCUAGAAGGUAUCUAUGUCUGGAAUGUCAUGCCAUUCGGCUUAAUAAAUAGUACAGCCACAUUUCAGAAAUGCAUGUCAAAAUUAUUAGAAGGCAUAAAUAAGGUGCGUCCGUUUGCUGGUUGUGACGACUGGUACGAAAAGACCAAAGAUCUCGAGGCUCCGACUAAUGAACAGGUUCUGGUUGAAGUAAUCAGAUCAAAUAGUAGCAGGAUUGCUUAA